AUGCGCAGAAAAUUUGGCCUUCCAACACUGCCCAACCUCUACUUUAGGCCGGCAGAUGGCAUACUCUCUGUUCCUGGAUACACGUUCGAGAAGGCCAUGCCAUGGGAGGACACUGGUAGCAUGACUUAUCUCGCGGAGGGUAGCAGUCUGAAGGACAGCUCGAACGUCCUAGCAAAGAUUUCUCCAGCCCAGUCCAACGGUUCAAUGUGUUUGGAGAGGGAGGCUCACAUUCUUGGGAGAAUGGCAUUAUCGUCUGACAAUCCUGCUUUGCGCAUGAUAGAUUUCAUCAGUAUACCCAAGGAAAACGGCGAUGUCGUCGUGCUACUGCUGUUUCACCCUGGGCCGAACUUGCUCGGACGCUAUCUACCCCCAUCCAAAAUAAACGAGUUACUUCUGGCUGAUAUGUCGCGUGUCCGGCCAUCGUCGUCCCAUGGGGACAUCUAUAUGCUUGGGAUUGAGGAGCCCGAUUUCACCGAGGAAAUGGAAGCUUUUGAUAUCAUGGAUUUGGCCUCAUUUCUAGAGUUUGCUAUCCAAGCAACGCAUUGCUUAGAGAGCCUGCACAAGGCCAGCAUAAUACACCGCGAAGUCCGCGCUAAUGCCUUUCAUCUCAACGCACAUUCUGGAAAUGUUCGCUUUGUUCACUUUGGAAACCGAGCUAUCUCAUUAGAAAAGUCCGGUUCUCCGUCCUCACUCGUGCUCAAAGCCUUCGACGAAUCCGAGAAAGUUAAAGUGAAAGAAGCCCUGUGUUAUCUUGCUCCGGAGCAAACAGGCGGCAUCGAAACCACGACCCAAGACCACAGGACGGAUUUAUACUCCCUUGGGAUACUGUUUUGGACUUUGCUCGUCGGACGAGGCCAAAUGCCUUUUGAAGGCGGACCGCUUGAGCUCUUACAUUCCAUUCUUCUGGCCAAACAUCCAGAUUCACGAUAUCAGAGCGCCUAUGGUCUCAAAACCGACCUGAUCGAGUGUCAGAGACGACUACUCGUGUCGGUGUCCGCAUCUGCUGAUACUUCUGCUACCGAACUCAUACCUCACUUCGACAUUGCGUUACAGGACAGGUUUAUGGAAUUCACUUUACCUUUGGCUUUGUUCGGACGCGACAAAGAGUUAGAGCUCAUCAGGAACGUUAUCCGAAAUACGUCCACCAGCUUCUCGCGUCAUUUUUCUGCAUCAAAAGGAUACAUAUCGAUAUCAUCUUCUGGGAGCCAGGGUACAGGAACAGGCAACGGCGAGGAUCACACCGAUUCCAGGUCCUCGGGCAGUGGUGUAUCAUCUAAGUCCAACGUAAUGAAUACUGAAGUGACCAGAUCCGUGUCGAGAAGCACACCUUACGACCAAAGCUCCGUGUCGCCGAGCAUCACUUCGUCAUUACAAACAAGUGACGGUCUACUCAGGACUUCAUUACGUUCAAGACCCCGAACGGCUCGAGCUCAGGUGGUGGUAGUUGCUGGACCUCCCGGUAUCGGAAAAAGCUCCAUGAUACUGAUCAAUCAAGCUAAAUGGCGAUCACAUGGACUAUGGGGCCAUGCCAAAUUUCAGAACGUCGAUUCGGCGCCGUUCUCGGCAUUACUUAGCUGUCUCUCUUCCGUCCUUCGGCAAUUGAUGGUCUUUCAUACGGAUGUGCAUCGAUUUGUCACGGCUCUGAAGGAGCGUUUGGGCCCUCAAAUUCAAAAUGCGCCCCUUUUGUAUGAAGGAACCCCGGAGCUCAGGGAUGUUUUGGCGCUCCUAGAUAUUCACCUUGAUACUCCGAAGGAACGCUUGUCAAGUCGCGAGUUGCGUGCUCGGUUCCAAACCUUGGUGGAGAAUGUCUUUACUGUCGUUGCUGAGACGCGAUUGUUCGCUCUUUUUCUUGAUGAUUUACAUGAAGCAGAUGAAUCAACUCUUGAUCUUGUGUCUUCAUUCAUCAACUCAAAGAGUAGAAUGCUCAUCUUUACCACAAUCCGCUCAGAUAAAGGUGACGUCGUUGAGCGAGUCCGGUCCAUGUUCAGUAGUCGCUCCAAGCCAACUUGGAUCACCUUGGAACCGCUAUCGUACAAUGCAAUCUCGUCCCUGGUCUCUAAAACGCUCCACCGGGCCAAAGAAGAUUGUGCGCCGCUGUCUCGCGUUAUCUACUCGGCUUCUUCAGGAAACGCCUUUUCGGCACGCAGUAUUUUGAACGCAUUUCACCGGCAUAACUUCAUCACAUUCAAUUGGGAACGCAAUUCUUGGCAAUAUGACAUGGCUGCCAUUGAGUCGAGCCUUGAUACUGAAAAAACUUUGGAUCCUACAGAUCUCACAUUUCUCGUAUCGCAGCUCAGGGAACUUCCUGAAGAAGCUAGGAAAUACUUGAUUUGGGCUGCGUUAUUUGGAGAAUCAUUCAAAGUUACUGAAGUUGCCUUGAUGAUGCAUUUGGAGGAUGCAAGCGGCAGCAGCAGCGAAGACGAACACGAAGAUUAUUUGACCUUUCAUAGAAUGGACACAACUAAUAGUCCUCGAAAGUCAAUUCUAGGGCUUCAAAAAGCGCUUGAUGAAGGAUGGCUUAUCCAGCGAGCUAGGGAUAUGUGCAGUUUCGCUCAUGAUCGAUACCGUCAAGCAGCACAAGCUGAAGCAGCCAAUCUGCCGGAGGACGUGGCUGCAAAGAUGUCUUUCAGAAUCGUCCUGAUGAUGUUACACGAGACACCGGUAGAUGUUUACCGAAUUGCGGAGCACGCCAAACGGCAAGAUUCUAGAUGCCUUACCCUUUUGCACGACCAUCCCAAAAGAGACGAACUUUUGUCUGUUCUCAUUGAAGCCGGCGAGGCUGCGUGGACCAGGGGCGCCCACGAGCUUGCUAUCCGAUCUUUCCAUAGCGCACGCGCGCUUCUUCGAGGCGAUCCGUGGUCAGAACAUCCCCAACGAACUUUCCACCUUUUUUCUCGUAUUGCAUCGCUAGCAAACUGGGCAGGGGAUUUCAACACUUCAAAUGACUUAGUCCAAGAUUGUAUGCUGCAUGCUCAACGGCCAGAGCAAACAGGGUUUCUCCUGCGGCUUAGAUCCCGUAAUCACUGGAUGCGAGGAAAUUUCAAGGAUGCCUUAAGUGACAAUUUACUAGCGUUGAAAAUUCUUGGCGUGGAGAUUGAUCCUGCUCCGACCAGAAGAAAGGCCGAUAGAAUGUUCGAAGAAGUAAAGAAUGAGAUUCUAGCUGUUGGCUUUGAUGAGAUUCUCUCUAUCCCGCGCACUACAGACCCAAGACAUCUAUUAGCCGUCGAGCUGUUAAAUGAUGCUGGCAUGAAUGCAUAUUGGAGUACAUCUCCUGCUUUUGCAGAUGUCAUUGGAUUGACUACUAUCCAACAAGCCUUACGGAAUGGAAUGGCUCCGGGCACUGCUCUAGGCUUCUUCUGGGCACUUGGAGGUGCCGCAGAGCAACGAGAGUUGUAUCGAUUUUCUGCUGAUCUUGCUAGACUAGCUUUACGCAUAGCAGAACGACAUGGUUCUAGCAGUGAAAAAUGUCGUGCGCAGGUGCUCUAUUGUAGCAUGGUAUCUGGAUAUGACAGUAUGCACAUCAGCACAAUGAUCCCCCGUUUAGAGGAGGCAAUUCAGUACGGCAAUAGUGCAGGAGACCGGGUCUACACCGCGUUCGCGCGAGUCCAUGCGAUCAUAACGCGCCUUUUCGUUUGCGAACACAUAAACGAACUGGUCACUGCGGCGGAAGAUGCAUGUCUUAAACGAUUGUUCUGUGUCAACGAAAUCAAACAGGCAGCCAGCGGAGCCGAUAUCAUCGCAUUAGCCCAAAGCUGUCUCAACGUGAUCCGUGCUCUGGGAGGCUACACCUAUGCUCGUUCUGCCGAUACUGCUUUCGACACAGAUGCAUUCAACGAGGCUGAGUACCUGACACAGUUACGAGAGCAGUCAGGAAAUCCGACUCUUGCGUUCAGUUGGUACAAUGCCUUUAAGAUUGUUGGCUUCUACUGCUUGGGUUUUUUUGACGAAGCCGCCGAACUCGGUUUCUCCGUCUAUGAUGCCAGAGAUAGGCACCCAAAUCACCGACACGUCCGAUAUGGUCUGUUUUUCCACAGCCUGGCCAUGAUAUCUAGCAUGAGAAAGCGCAACGUUACUGAAGAGACACGCAUCCGUUACUUAAAACAGAUCGAACUCAAUCAGAGGUUUAUCAAGAAGUGGUUAUCUCCGAGUCCAGUGAAUACCAGUACAUGGGUAGCUCUCGUGGACGCCGAAUUGUCUUCGCUGUUGAACAAACCAAGCGCUAACAAGCAGUACGACACUGCUGUCAAGUUAGCAGUGAACCAUGACUGGCUUUUGGAAGAAGGAUGGGGUCUUUAUCUUCAAGGGUGUCAUUUCGUACGCACAGGUGUCGAAGGGCUGGGAAGCGAAUUACAACGUCGCGGCAUAUCUCGACAUUCACAGUGGGGAGCUCAAGGCAUCGUGAAUUAUCUCAAUACGGUGGUGGGAAGCCGGCCUCAGUAUCCUCUGAAGCGACCUAUAUUCAUGUCUGAUGUUGCUGUUCAAACCGAGAGUGCCACCGUGGACGAUCCGAAUUUCCCUUACGGUCAGACAAAAACCACUAUGAGUGACGAGCAGGAAUCAACACUGAGUGCCUCUGAUCUUGCGUCCAUCUUGAAAUGGAGUAAGGAUAUUUCGAGUGACAUCAACCUGUUUUCAGGUCGGAUUUCACCUCAAUUGCGCGUUGUAGAGUACUCUGACAAUACGUCUAUAGCGUUACAAAGGUUGACAGAGAUUGCAACCGAAACUUCGGGUUCCCAAAAUACCUGCGUGGUUAUUACACGAGAAGAUGGAGACUAUACUGUCGCAACGAGCAUGACACCACCUGAGCAGUGCCAAGUAUAUGAGCACCCACGGCCGGUCAGAAGCCUUGCAAAUCCCUUGCAAAAAGCGAUAAUUCAGCACACCAUCAACUCGAAGGAGCGACUUCUGUUCGACGAUGCUGCGUCUGACUCUCGAUUCGCAGCAGAAGCCCGUCAGACAGUCUAUCGAUCCGUCAUAUGUUUACCUAUCUUCAGCAACCGUGGUCAAACGUUCGGGACAGUUUAUGUGUCCUCGAAGUACUCGUUUUCACAGAACAUUGUGAUAAUGUUGACACUUCUAUGUCAACAGGCGAGCAUCAGUAUAUCUAAUGCGCUUCUAUUUCGUUCUGUUCAAGCAAGCACCAGAGAGAAUCUGAAAAUGAUUGCUGCUCAGCGAGAUGCUCUAGAAACUGCCCGUAAGAGUCGAGAAGAUGCCCUCAAGGCCACGAAGAUUAAGAGCAACUUUUUGGCAUCAAUGAGCCACGAGUUACGAACCCCGUUCAGCUCUUUUUACGGUCUUCUUGAUCUACUGAGCGGAACUGAGCUGAAUCCCGGCCAAAGCGAAAUUGUUCAAACGGCAAAACAAUCCUGCGAGCUACUGUUGAAGAUCAUUGAUUCUAUCCUCGACUACAGCAAGCUCGAAGCCUCAGCCCUGAAGCUUGAACCGUGCGGAUUUUUGGUGGAAAACAUUAUAGCGGAUUGUAUGGAAUUGUUGCUUCCCGUAGCAGCAAAAAAACUGGACCUCUCUUUCAAUAUCGAGCCCGAUGUACCGCCAUGGGUUUAUGCCGACGAUGCCCGCAUCCGCCAAGUGCUCAUGAACCUAAUUGGCAAUGCCGUCAAGUUCACGGAAAAGGGUUAUGUCCAAGUAUCCUGCUCGGUUGCGAACCCUGCAUCCGCGUCCUCUUCUGAUGAAGUAAAUCUUAAAUUUGUUAUCCAGGAUAGCGGUAUAGGACUCUCGCCAAGCGACGUCGAACUGCUGUUUGUACCUUUCCAGCAGGCCGACAAUUCUUCGACUCGGCGUUUCGGCGGUACCGGUUUAGGCCUGUCCAUUUCGAGACAACUGGUCAAACUUAUGAAUGGUGCUAUUGGGGUACAGUCAGAACUGCAUGCAGGUUCAAUGUUCUGGUUCACAAUUCCCGUCAAAAUCUUCCAUUCGGAAGAGUCGAAACGGUCUUUAUUGGACAUCCAAAACCUCAGGGCGAGUUUGCAGCAGCCUCAAAUUCUUGUUUGCUCGGGGUCCACUGUUACAUUAGCUUUGCUGAAAACCUUCUUUACUGGUUUUACCGUGACGCUCAUAUCAAACAUGCAAGACGCAGAAAUGUUUCUUCGAAGCUUUAGCAACCUCCAUGCACCGCUUGAUUUCAUCAUUCUGGAUGAUCAGUCGGACGAGCACGCUAGUGAACUUGCACAUUUUCUGCGUUCGCUUCAUGUCAACGCUUUGCAAGACACAAAAAUCAUUCACCUGUACACUCCUACAACAAACUUAUCUCGACAGUCAAUUUUCGGAACCAGCACUCCAGGUGUUGUUAAAAUGACAAAACCACCCCGCCAAGCCAGACUCCUGCAGACGCUUGCUGGCUUGAAGAACCUUCCCAAUGCUAUUCCGAGUGUUCCGCCCACCGAAGUUUCUAAAGCUGUGCAGAACGUCGCCGCGGCACAACGUACUCUGUAUGGCAACGUCCUCAUCGCGGAAGACAACCCUAUCGCGCAGCAACUCCUCGUCAAGCAACUGCAACGGUAUCAACUCAACGUCACAGCAACAUCUAAUGGAAACGAAGCCAUUUCAGAAUGGGAAUCACGGGAUCCUGGAUAUUUCACAGUAGCGCUCUUUGAUCAUCGCAAAUAUGCCUAUAUGCGACGGUGUGGAGGCGGCCAAGCGGAUACGGAUGCUAGAGAACAAGCGGAAGUGUCCCGUCAUGCUACCAAGUAA